ACGUCAAAUGAAAUACAGUUAUUAUAUAAUUAGAAGUUAAAAAUAGUACGAAGGAUAAAAACAUACAAAAAUGUCAGUUGCAAAAUCUGUCCUCUUCUCUUUUUCAAUUACAUAUCUCCUUUUUUGUAUCCCCGGACAAGGGGAAGUACGACGCGGUACAACGAACAGACCUCCUCGGCGGGAUUUCAGAACGUAUCCGGAAUGUGCAGCUAGCACGAGCACGCGAGUCGGCGCAAGGUGUGAUCGCGAGUGGCGAGGCCGGGGGAUAAUAUUCGCGAGCUGUCAAGAAUUGUUGCGGCACGUCUCGCCGCGGGAUGACACGCGAAAUGGCAUGAACGGCGUACUCUGGUUACUUACGUUCGAGCGAGGAUCGAGCUCCUGGAACACGACGAUGCACGACAGAUCGUUUACGCGGGCCGGACUGUUACGUGAUGAUCGCGAGGUCGCGAGGGACGUGCGCGUCUCGCGCGGAGACACGACGAUCGCGGAGCGACUCCGUCAUUCGAGCUAGUGCGGCGACCGCCGACUACGUCGUGCCUCGGCGAAGAAGCGUUGUUGAGUGAACAGAGUUGGAUCUGCACCGCUGGAUGUGCGCCUGGACUUGCAAAACGCUGAGACACGCGUCUGGACUUUGAAGUCCAGGAAACACCGAAGGAGAACCCCCUUUGAAGUCCAGGAAGCACCAGAGGUACUCCGAUUCGGUCGAAUCGUAAAUCCUAAGGCGAUUAAGAAGGAGAAGAGCAGGCUGAGGGAGCAGCUCGUCGUGCACGAACUCUGGAAGGAACUCUCUCUCUUGAGAGAGAUUUUGCGACGUCUGUGUCGACAGCCCUUUGAAAAGGGAUACGUCCCUCAUGAAACACUUGAAAUACUUCACGUCAGAAUAUCCAGUUGAAGUUGCAUUUGUCAAUCAGCAGCUGCAAGAGAAUCAUUUUAAGGAUUGCACUGAGGAAGAAAUGCCACCGGGAGAUAUCGGUGGAACGUUAAAACAGCACUUGCCUACCAAUUAACACUUGCAAUCUGUAUUUUAUGAGAUAAUCUUGCCGCAAACAUUAUUCAGGAUGGAUAGCAUUUGGAAGAGCACGAGGUUUAAGUAUAUCUUUGCCUGCAUCUUCAUCACCUUCGUCACGUCGUGUAUAAUCAGCAUAUCUCCCAUCAGUAUCGACGAAUGCAAGUGCGAAGCAAACACUCAGCCGAGUCAACACCUCAAGCAAAUGGCCGACGAGAUUAAUGGACAGAAAAAGAAAGCGGAGCAUCGAUUGGCCAUACUAGUGCCAUUUAGGGAUCGCUUUGAGGAAUUACUGAUAUUCGUACCGCAUAUGCAGAAAUUCCUGGACAAGCAGAACAUAGAUUAUCAUAUAUUUGUAUUAAACCAGGUGGAUAGAUAUAGAUUCAAUCGAGCGUCUCUCAUAAACGUAGGCUUCCUCGAAACGGAGAAAGCAUUUGAUUACAUUGCAAUGCACGAUGUAGACUUAUUGCCUAUGAACGAUCAAUUAUCGUAUGCAUAUCCAAGUACAGGACCUCAUCAUAUUUCGUCGCCAGACUUACAUCCCCGGUAUCAUUAUUUUACCUUUAUCGGCGGUAUAUUGCUCAUCAAAAGAGAGCAUUUCAUACAAGUGAACGGGAUGUCGAACAAAUAUUGGGGAUGGGGUCUCGAAGACGACGAGUUUUACGUUAGACUGAAAGAGGCCGGCCUGAGCGUCAGUCGACCGCAGAAUAUAUCAACAGGAACGCACAAUACAUUUAGGCAUGUACACGAUAGAAAUCACAGAAAGAGAGAUAUGACGAAGUGUUACAAUCAACGGGAAGUUACCAGAAAGCGAGAUCGGCAGACCGGCUUGAACAAUGUCUCGUACAAAAUACUCGAUACAAUCAAGAUGACUAUAUCAGACACUUCCCUAACGGUGAUCAACAUCUCUCUGCUCUGCGACAAAUCGAGCACACCUUGGUGCGAAUGUGAGAAAUUAGUCGGGACAAAGGAUCAGGGGCGGUCGAAGGAGAAAAAGAAGACUAAUAACAGUAAACUCGCAACUGGAUUGUAAUUAUAAUAUUAGUAAUUUAAUUGUUGAAGAUAUAAAUGUACUCAAAAACACAAUCUUCACAUUCUUCCAUUUUUUUAUGUAUACUCAACUUAGAUAAAAAUAAAAUAGUUCCCUACAGCUCAUUCAUACAUUGUUCAUAUAGGAGAUUCUGUUUAUAGUACAAAUUAUUUAUAUAUACAUAUAUUUUAAAUGCUUUAUAUAGUAAUAUAUCAAUCUAUUGAAAUUUUGUUAGAAAAUCGAUAUUCACGCAAAAAUUGUUGCUAAGAAUGUACGUCGACAAAUUAUUUGAAUAUAAAUAUUUCUAUAGUUGA